AUGAAGACUCACGCCUACGACCGACACCCUGCGGUGCCGCCUGCGGAGCAGCGGCCGCAUCCUCAAGUCCUAGAAACAAUGCUAGAUGAAUUGGAGGAUAAAGUCCGCCAUUACUUCUUGUUAUACAUGAAGGAGAAGCAAAAAAGACAAAAGGCUGAGAAAUUCUCCUACUGGCUGCAGCGAGAGGUGGCAGACAGCCGGCAGCAGCUUGAAGAUAGCCGCAGUGCUGCAGCUGCAUUAGAGGCGAAGCUGCUGGAGAUAAGAGGGGAUCCCGAUGCUGUGAGGGACACUGUGCAGCGGGUCGACCUUAUGUAUGCACAAAUCGAUACUCUCGUUCAAGCAUUUGCAGGUGUCUGCAGCUUCGUAGCGACGCAAGAGGCAGACAAGGCGACGGUGCUGCAGUGUGUAUUGGAGUACUUAUAUCCAUGCAGAGCUCUUGACCCGCGUCUCGGCUCGCUUUACGGGGCAUUGUACUACUACCGCUUGGGGGAGCGCAAGGGCCUGCCGCAGCAGCCACCGCCUCCUCCCGAGCCAAAGUUUAUGCCUGUGUACGAGGUAAUGGGGCCUUGGAUCCAACCGUCUCCAUUCACUGCAACCCCAGCUCCCCCCUUACAUGCAACGAAGUUCGAUGCUGCCUUAGCUGCUACCCUUGAAGCAGCCAAAGCACAAGAGGUCGCCCAGGAAGACCCGCAGCGGCAGCCCAAAAAGGCAGCAGCUUCGCCGCUUAGUAGAGCCAAGGAAGCUCAGACAAUCGCAACUACCACCAGCUCGGGAACAGCGGCAGCAGGAGCAGCUGGCUCGCGGGCGAAGGCUUCCUUGCCGCAGCAGGCGGCAGAUGCUUCUGCCGAUGUGGAUUUGAAGGGAUUUUCAGUUUUAUUGGAGGAACUGAGCGGGUUUAAGCGGCCUUCGCUCUCUAAGGGCACGGGAGUAAAGCUUGUUGUACGCUUCGAUCACGAGAGUUCUGUGGAGGCAAAAAGGAAGGCUGAGCGGUGUAUUGUUAUCGAAAAGUGCGAUGGGAAGGCUGGAGACGAGAGUGCUUCUAUCUACUUCUUAGCAGAGUUGUCUCCUUUGCCUCCUAAGAAGGCAGGCGUCGUGCCCAAGAUCUGCAUAGACAUCUACGACAACAAAUCGCCCACGGGGCUUGGCAGCGCUAACAAACUAUUUACGGACCCAGAUACGGUGAAGAAGGGAGCUGCAUGGCAAAUAAAGGACGCUAGGGGAACAAUCCUGGGUUCGAUAACGGUGUCUAUUGCGCCUUUGCCUCUGUAA